GAAGUGUCCCAUGGCUGAGUAGACCUGAGUGGGUUUUAAGGCCUCUUCUAACUCAAAUCAUUCCAUGGUUCAUUGAUUCUAUGAGAAACCAGUUGGUUGCUGUAUCCACAUGCCCCAGACAACCCAUGGGGAUGAAAGAGCAUCCAUAGAGCAUCCGUUUCUAGCAGAGUGACUGCCUGCCCCCGCCUUCCUCCUGUCUGACUGCAUUUCUGCUGCUGGGGACUUUGACAUGGACCACAGUGACCCUAUGGGCUUCCAGAGGAUGGACCACAGGGCACCAGGGACUCCACCUCCUGGGUCUGGAGCAAAGACUUUGACCCCGUUGCCCAGCACAGGGUGCGUCUGCAAGCCCUGGACACUGAUAGUUGGACUGCAGGGCUCCAAACAAGCAACGCUGCACUAAGGGCUCUACUGAAGCCUCCAAAACCCACAGAGAGUGCCUGGAGAAUUCUGCAGGCCUUUUCCUCACCACACAGAGCCCAGAGCCAUGCGCAUCGCUGUCAUUGGGGCUGGAGUGAUCGGCCUGUCCACCGCCCUGUGCAUCCAUGACCGCUUCCAAGCACUGGUGCCCCAGCUGCAGCUGGAGGUCUAUGCAGACCACUUCACACCCCACACCACCAGCGAUGGGGCUGCAGGCCUGUGGCAGCCCUACCUGAGUGACCACGGCAAUCUGCAGGAGACGCUGUGGAACAAAGAGACCUUUGAGCACCUCCUGGGGUACCUCAAUUCACUGGAAGCAAAGGAAAUGGGACUGUUCCUGAUUUCUGGAUUCAACCUGUUUAAGCAGCCUGUACCGGAUCCAUCUUGGAAGAACAUUGUCCUUGGCUUCAGGAACUUGACACCGAAAGAGCUUGAACUCUUUCCUGGCUACAGCUACGGCUGGUUCAACACGGCGCUGAUGCUGGAGUGCAGGAGCUAUUUGCCCUGGCUGACCAAUAGGCUAACGCAGAGAGGCGUGAAGUUCUUCCACAAGAAGGUCGAGUCCUUUGAGGAGAUGUUUUCCCAGGGAAUUGAUGUUGUCAUUAACUGCACUGGGAUCCGUGCUGGGGAGCUGCAGCCAGAUCCAGCUCUGCAGCCUGCCCGUGGGCAGAUCAUCAAGGUCCUGGCCCCAUGGGUGAAGCACUUCAUUAUCACUCAUGACAUGGAGUCGGGGAUCUACAGCUCACCCUACGUCAUACCAGGGAGUGAGUUCACGGUCUUGGGAGGUAUCUACCAGCAAGGCAACUGGAAUGAAGAGAACAGUGCUCAGGACCACAAGUCCAUCUGGGACAGGUGCUGCAGGCUGCUGCCCACACUGCAGAAAGCAGAGAUUGUGCAGGAAUGGAGUGGCCUGAGACCAGCACGUCCCAGCAUCCGCCUGGAGCGGGAGAGCAUCGGCCAUGGGCGCUCAAGGAGAGAGGUCAUACACAACUAUGGCCACGGUGGCUUUGGGAUCACCAUCCACUGGGGCUGUGCCAUGGCUGCAGCCCGGCUGCUUGGGAACAUCCUGCAGGAGAAGCAGUCCCAGUCCCGCCUGUGAGCUGCCUGCUCAGCUGGGAUUAUUGCAGUAGCCGUAGCUUAGGAAUCACAGCAAAAAGAUGCAAGUAACAGUGGUGCACGUGGGCUGUUGACACUCCUGCUGGCUUUGCUGACGCUUCCUCCUGUCUCUUGUCGGGUUGCUGCCAGUUCUUGCUGCUGCCAUUUGCCAGAUGGCCAAAUUUCCUCCACCGUGGCCUCGCACAACCUGCCCAAAGGAAGUGCUUUAAAACAUGGACUAAUUAUCUGUGACAAAGUGCACUUCUGUCUCGGGGAUCAGUCUGCAAAGGGCAGGUGGAGUUCAGUUGAAGCCUUGGCAGUCCUGCAGUUCAUCUGCACACUGGGACAGGAUCUGAAAGCGAGCUGGUGCCACGCGAGGUCUCCACUGACUGCUCAGACACCCGGCAUGUAAUUGGAUUUGCAAGCUCCCCCCAGGAGACAAAAGCUCCUUAGUAGGAAGAAGCUCCUGGGGAAGUGACAACAGCCCCACAAGCACGUGCUCCACUUAACAAUUGAUUUUCUUAUGCUCAUGCCAGGACGAAGCAUGGGUCUUCAGCACCUGGUUAGUGUAUCUGGCAGCAGACAGCAGUGGUUACCUAAAAUGGGCUUUCCAAAUGAUGUUUUCAGUAACAAAAGCAACGUGUUCCAGCCCUGUCUACUUGCCAGAUCCUAUAUAUAGCACCGCGCAUAGGCCAAAUAGCUGUUCUUGUCCCUAAAACUCCCACGGGCACUUUGGUUUCUCAUUUCCCUCUGCUGUGAGAUGUGGCUGGAGGCAGCUCCUGGGGCUGUGCUGACAGGGAGAGCUCCCAGGAGGGUGAUUCUUCUUGGAAAGAGGAGCAGGAGGUGGUCGGUGUCACUUCCAGGGGCCCCAGGCAUCAUUCUAGAGGUGAGCUUUGGCCUCUUGUUCCAUGCCACGUGUCUUUCCUGCUGUAAAGAUUUCACAAACAGAAGGGUGCUGUGAGGUCAGGAAGCAUCAGCCUCAGAUCCAGAGCAUCAUACUGGUGAAUGAGAGCUGCUGUAGCACAGCCUGGUUUGUCCCACCUCCUGGGGAGCUGGAUUCAACAGCUGAGCACUGCAAGAAAUGAUCCACACACACAUGAGACCUGCUGCCCCCGGGCAUGUAUGAGUCUCGUCUCUGUUGCUGAAGUGCUGUGGAGGUCACUGUGCCAGCACAGCCCCAGGAGACCUCCCUUGUGACGUGGUUCUCCACUGAAUGCAGGAACAGCUGCCCAGUGUUGGUCAGGAUGACAACUGCAGUUGUAUGUGGCCUCUUAGGAAACAAACAGAAAUGACUGCAGUAUCUAUUUGGCUUAUUUUCUAACAGGCUACAAUUCAGCGUGUGUGCACAAAUAAAGAUCACUGCCAACUA